AACGCACACACACACGCACACACACCCGCCGCCACGGUAGGCUCUGCUGCAGCUCAGCCUUGGCCACUACACCAGAGGAGGUUGGCUGUGCGGUUGGAUGCUGAGUGAGGCGGAGAGAAAGCGUUGGUUGUGAGAGAAAGGACGCCGGGAGCUGCUGCAUGCCUCUUCUUCUGACGGCGCCCCCCUCUCUGCUGCUGCUGCCGCCGGGUGAAGGUUUCGGCGUCUGCCGCGGGAUCCAUGUAUGAACUGUGACCUGUUUACCUGAGAAGGAAGGAUAUAUGCAGAGAUAACCACCAAUCGGCUUGUCAUCGUCUCGUUUGGAGAGAAAUCCGGGGACCCUAAACAGCCGUAUUCUCUUUAUUUUUUAAUUAAUAAUUGUGGAUACUAUGCCGAUGAGAGUCGCUCCGGUUGCAAGAUUCAUUCAAGAUUCCUCCUAGGAGGGCUGUUUUUUUUCUCCGUUUUCAUCGUUCCGGGAGGAUUUCAUAGAGACGAGCCGUUAUUUUGUUGCAUACUGAUAAGGUGUUCCCGGGAAGCAUCGGGAGCCAGCAUUAAGAGCGGUGGAGAGGCUCACAUGAAUGUGUAGCCGGACCCAGCCAUGCCGAUCACAAGCGAAGGGUCCAGAACCAGAGGACGUGGCGGCGGAGCCUCGUCCCACGCACUCCCCAGCCCCGUGCCGCGACCGUCCCGCCCGCUCCUCCUCCCCCACGCCACCGUCCUCCUCCUCCUUCUCCUCCUCCAGGCGGCGUCCCCGGCGACGGCGUUGGAGCUCCAGCUGGACGAGGAGCAGCCCGCCGGGACCAUCGUGGGGGACAUCAGCGCGGGGCUGCCGCCGGGCGUCACCGCCAGCCUCUACUUCAUCUCGGACCACGAGGGCAAGGGCCUGGGCAGCGACCUGAACAUCGACGAGACCACGGGCAUCAUCACCACCGCGCGGCGGCUGGACCGCGAGCAGCGCGACCGCUACAGCUUCAUCGCCGUGACGGUGACGGGCUUCACCGUGGAGGUGUCGGUCACGGUCAACGACAUCAACGACCACGCGCCCACGUUUCCCAAGAAGAGGGCCGUGCUGAAGAUCCCCGAGCAGACGGCGGUGGGGACGCGGUUCUCGCUGGAGCCCGCCACGGACGCCGACCAGGACCAGCUCACGGUGCAGGGCUACGUGAUCAAGGAGGGCAACGUGGGCCAGGCCUUCCGGCUGGAGACCAAGAGGGGAGCGAACAAGGUGCUGUAUCUGGACCUGGUGGUCAACGGGGUUCUGGACCGGGAGAAGCGCUCCGCCUACAGCCUGGUUCUUGAGGGCUUCGACGGAGGCUCGCCCAAGAGGAUCGGCUCCAUGCACCUGGAGGUGACCGUGACGGACAUCAACGACCACGCGCCGGUCUUCAACCAGAGCCGCUACCACGCCAUCAUCUCGGAGAGCCUGCAGCAGGGCAGCACCAUUCUGCAGGUAUUUGCGUCGGACGCAGACGAGGGGGACAACGGCCUGGUGCUGUACGAGAUCAACAGACGGCAGAGUGACCCCAGCCAGUACUUUGUCAUGGACCUCAGGUCAGGGGUCAUCACGCUGAACCGACCCCUGGACUAUGAGCUGAAGAGGGUCCACGAACUGGUGGUCCAGGCCAGAGACAACGCCAGUCACCCAGAGGUGACCAACGCCUUCGUCACCAUCCACGUGCGCGACUACAACGACAACCAGCCCACCAUGACCAUCAUCUUCCUGAGCGAGGACGGCUCGCCGCGCAUCUCGGAGGGCGCCCAGCCCGGCCAGUACGUGGCCCGCAUCUCGGUCACCGACCCGGACUACAGCGAGUACGCCAACGUCAACGUGUCACUCGAGGGCGGGGACGGCAAGUUCGCCCUCACCACCAAGGACAGCAUCAUCUACCUGAUGUACGUGGACCAGGUGCUGGACCGCGAGGAGCGGGACUCGUACGAGCUCAGGGUGAUGGCCACCGACUCUGGGACCCCGCCGCUGAGGGCGGAGUCGUCCUUCACCAUCCAGGUGAUGGACGUCAACGACAACCCGCCGCUGUUUGACCAGCAGACCUACAAGCAGACCAUCCCCGAGGUGGUCUACCCGGGCUCCUUUGUGCUCCAGGUAACCGCCCGGGACAAAGACCAGGGGCCCAAUGGGGACGUCCGCUACAGCCUCCUCAAGGCCAAGGACACCCACUCCCAUUGGUUCUCCAUCGACCCGCUCACGGGCAUCAUAACCACCGCCACCGCCCUCGACUUCGAGUCCGAGCCGAAGCCAAGCAUGCUGGUCGUCGCCACGGACAACGGCCGCCCGCCGCUGUCGUCCACGGCGACGGUGGACAUCGUGCUGCAGGAUAUCAACGACAACACCCCCGUGUUCUCCAGAAGCUUCUACAACGCCUCCGUCAAGGAGAACACUCCAGCCGGGACCUGCUUCUUAGAGGUAGGAGAACCGUCGAGGAACCCCUUUGUUCCUCUUCCCUCCCCCGAUUCCUUUGUCUUUGUCUCCUUCCACUGCUCUCCGCCUCUCUUUAUCGCUCCCUUCCCUGCCUCCUCACUACCGUCUUCACCCUCUUCUCGUGUGUUUGCUGUGGGAACCUGCCAUGUUUCAUUAUCACAGCCAUCCUUCUUCUCGCGAGCAAAGCUAGCCAAAAUAUUAUUGUCCGAGGGGCUGCAGCCAGAAGCGAGUACUCAGUGUCUCUCUGGCUGUCGGUCUCACCUCUGUGUUCGCUCUCGCGCCCUUCACUCACACUCACUCCCUAAGCCCUGCUUUGAUUACUUCUGGCAAGCGUUUGAUUUAUACAGCUACAAACGGGAAUCCGGGAAAAUCAAAGUCGUGUUUGAAAAAGAAAUGGGGUAUGCGGUGUUACAGCGUGGAUGGUGCGGGGGUCUGACUGCGGCGGCCCGUGUCACCGUCUUCGUGGCGGACGUCAACGACAACCGGCCGUCCUUCUACCCCGCCCUGUACACCGUCAGCCUCAGCACCCACAGCGCCCCCGGCACCUCCGUCGUCAAGGUGACCGCCAACGACCCCGACGCCGGGGAGAACGGCCGGGUGACCUACCGCACCGUGCCAGGGGGGGGCUCCACCUUCUUCACCCUCAACAAGGACACAGGCGUCAUCUCGCUGUCGCGCUCGCUCCACGGCAAAGCCAACACGGUGGUCUCCAUGGUGAUCUCGGCCGAGGACGGCGGCGGGCUGCUGGCGCCGGUCAACGCCCGGGUCAACGUCAGUGUGGUGGGGGGCUCGGUGGCGGCCCCCGUGUUCGAGCAGGCGCAGUACUUCUUCACCGUGGCGGAGGACGCCCUGGGGGGCACGGCGCUGGGCGUGGUCCGCGCCGCCACCAAGACGGGCGUGUCCAAGGACGUGCUCUACUCCAUCUCCAGCGGCGACCCCGAGGGCUACUUCACGGUGGACCGGACCUCGGGCUCCGUCCGCACGGCACUGCCCCUGGACCACGAGACGCGGCCCAGCCUGGAGCUGGAGGUGCAGGCGCGGCACGGCUCGCCGCCGGCCUACGCCACCAGCCGCGUGCGCAUCACCGUCUCCGACGUCAACGACAACGCGCCCGUCUUCCUGCCCUCCUCCUCCGAGUCCCUGCUGCUGCCCGAGGUCACCAAGAUGGGCGCCGUCAUCUACCGCGUGCAGGCCACCGACGGCGACUCGGGCCACAACGGGCAGCUCAGCUUCGACCUGGUGUCGGCGGGGGCGGGGAACGGAGGCGGCGGCGGCGGCGGCGGCGGCAGCGGCGCGGGCGACCGGACGUUCGGCGUGGACCGGGGCAGCGGCGAGGUGCGUCUGAUCGGGGCGCUGUCGUACGAGAGCGUCCCGCGCUACGACCUCCAGGUGGUGGCCAAGGACGGCGGCGCGCCUCAGCUGAGCUCCACCUUCACGCUGGUGGUGCACGUGCAGGCGCAGGACGCGCAGGGCCCCAGCUUCGACACGCUGACCUACCGCGUGGAGCUGAGGGAGAACACGCCGCUGCAGACGCGCUUCCUGCAGGUGCGCGCCCUCCACCGGGAGGCGGCCGGGAACGGGGCGGGCGCCUCCUCCUCUUCGUCCUCCUCCUCUUCGUCCCGGACGAUGUCGUACCGCCUUAGACCGGACGGGGACGCGGCCCGCUUCGGCGUGGACCCCGCCAACGGCUGGCUGUUUGUGCGGAGCGCGCUGGACCGCGAGGCCAAGGACAUGUACCUGCUGACGGUGCUGGCCACCUCGGGGGCCCCCCAGGCCGGCCCCGGGGGGGCCCCCGGCAGGACGGGCAGCGCCACGGUGCGGGUGAGCGUGACGGACGAGAACGACAACGCCCCGCGGCUCAGCCAGGAGCUCGCCUUCCUGGCGGUGCGGGAGAACCAGGUGGCGGGGACGGGCUUCGGAAGGGUGGCGGCCACGGACCGCGACGCCGGCCUCAACGCACGCCUCACCUACCGCCUGCUGCACGCCGACCGCCACUUCCAGAUCAACGCGCAGACCGGUGAGGUCAGCACCCGGGUGGCCCUGGACCGGGAGCAGCAGUCCAGCUACCAGCUGAUGGUGGUGGUCCAGGACGGGGGCACGCCCCCCCGCAGCGCCACCGGCGCCGCACACAUCACCGUGCUGGACGAGAACGACCACACCCCCGCCUUCACGCACGCCGCCUCUGACCAGGAGAUGCUGCUUCAGGUGAUGGAAGGCCUCCCGUCUGGGUCCCUCCUGGGGACACUCAGCGCUAAGGAUCCGGACGAGGGAGAGAACGGCACCAUCUUCUACUCUCUGUCCGGAGUCAGAGCCGAGCGCUUCUCCCUGAACCCGACCACGGCGGAGCUCCGCACGGCGUCCCCGCUGACGGCGUCCGACCGGUCGGAGUACGCCUUCACCGUGACCGCCAGUGACCACGGCGACCCGGGCCUCAGCGCCUCCUGCGAGCUCCGCGUCCAGGUCCUCGGCAUCACCCGAUCCUCACCCACCAAGAACAACCUCGUCUCCAUGACCAUCACGGCGACCGAAGGCACCGCCCCGGGCUCCGUGAUCGGCUCGCUGCGCCCCUCCGACCCGCAGGGAGCCGCCCCGUCGGACGGCGGCCCGGCCCAGGUGACCUACCUGGUGGUGGGCGGGACAGACCGGCAGGGCACCUUCAUGGUGGACCGGCUGAAGGGCGACGUGGUGCUGGUGCGGGAGCUGGACUACGAGGAGGGCUCGCGCUACACCCUGACGGUGGAGGUGUCGGACUUCUCCCGGGCGUUCCCCAGCAGCCACCUGGUGAGGCUGGACGUCCAGGUGUUGGACAGCAACGACCACGCGCCCGAGUUCACCGAGGACCCCGUCGCCGUGGUGAUCCCGGAGAACGCGGAGCCGGGGGCGUCGGUCUACACCUUCCAGGCGGUGGAUAAGGACGGCAGCGGGCCCAACCGGGAGCUCCGCUACACCCUGGAGCACUGCUGGCCCGCCACCCCCGACCUGCUGUCGCUGCACCCCGUCACGGGGGUCCUGACCCUGGCCCAGAGGCUGGACCACGAGGCCACGCCCGCCCUCUACCUGGUGGUCCGGGCCACGGACCAGGCCCUGGACCCCGCGCUGCGGCGCUGGGGGUCCGUCACGGCCCGCGUGUUCGUCACCGACGUCAACGACAACGCCCCCGCCUUCAGCUCGCCGACGGUGGUCAGCGUCAUGGAGGACCAGCCCGUCGGGUUUGUCAUCGUGUUUGUGAUGGCCCGGGACGAAGACGAAGGGGAGAACGGUCGGGUUUCGUACCGCAUCCAGACGGGGAACUCAGCCGGGCGCUUCAGUCUCAACCCCAACACUGGCUCGCUCUCCAUCCUCAAGGCCCUGGACCGGGAGGAGCAGGAGGUGUUCAACCUGACGGUGGUGGCCGAGGACCACGGGAGCCCCCCCUUCUCCACCCACCAGCUGCUCUGCGUUCAGGUCAUCGACGUCAACGACGAGGCGCCCACCUUCCAGUGGGCGGAGUUCGAGAGCCAGGUGAUGGAGAACCGCGGCCCCGGCACCACCGUGCUGACGGUCAGCGCCUCCGACCGCGACCAAGGGUCCAACGGUCAUGUGACCUACGGGGGCGUGACCGAGGAAGGCUUCGUGAUAAACCCGGUCACCGGUGUCAUCACCACCACCCGGGAGCUGGACAGAGAGGUGCAGGACCGCUACACGCUAACAGUGUACGCCAGGGAUGGUGGUCUUCCCGCCCGCUUUGCCAAGGCGGUGGUGCGGGUGGAGGUGACGGACGAGAACGACAACGCGCCCGUGUUCGGGAAGCCCUGGUACAGCCUGGAGGUGCCGGAGAACCAGGAGGCCGUGGAGCUCUGCUUCCUCAAGGCCACCGACCCGGACUCAGGGCCCAGCGGCACCCUGCUGUACCGCAUCAGGGCCGGGGACCCUGAAGGCAUGUUCCGGAUCCACGCCGGCUCCGGGGCCCUGUCCACCUCGCAGCCUCUGGACCGGGAGGCCACUGAGCGGUACUCCCUGGAGGUGGUCGCCGUGGACACCGGGAGCCCCGCCCUCAGCACCACGGUGACGGUGGAGGUGAACGUGAUGGACAUCAACGACAACAGCCCCGUGUUUGGCAGCAGCAGCUACUCGGUGGACGUGCCGGAGGACGCCACCCAUGGGGCCUCCGUCCUGCAGGUGACGGCCACGGAUGCGGACGACGCCCUGAACGGCCGGCUGCUGUACUUCCUGAGCGCCGACGCGCACGGUGCCUUCGCCGUGGACGAGCACUCGGGCCUCAUCACCACCUCCGCCCCGCUGGACCGGGAGAAGCGCCCGGCCUACACCUUCCUGGUGAUCGCCGUCGACCUCUCGCCCGCCGCCCCCAGGAACAGCUCGGCUCAGGUGUCCGUCACGGUGCUGGACGUCAACGACAACGCGCCCUUCUUCCUCCAGGACCCCCUCGUGGUGGAGGUGUCCUCGGCCCACGCCCAGCGCGUGCUGGCCACUAUGAAGGCCGAGGACCGGGACUUCGGGGCCAACGGCUCCGUGUUCUACCGCUUCGCCAUGCCCGUGCGGGGCUUCAGCAUCAACUCCCUGACCGGGGAGAUCCAGGCCACCGGGCCGCUGGGCGCGCCGGGCCAGGCGCAGACCACCCUGAUCGUGGAGGCCAUGGACCAGGGCAACCCGGCGCAGUCCACCCAGGGCGUGGUGGUGAUCUACGUCCGCGAGCUGGAGUACAGCGGUAUCCGCUUCUCCCGGAACGCCCGCGACGUCAACCUGCAGGAGAACGCCGUGCAAGGCACGGCGGUGGCCCGGCCCCAGGCCCAGUUCCCCGACGGCUCCCGCCAGGGGAUCAGCUACAGCCUCUUCAGCGGCAACCGGAGACGCGUGUUCAGCAUCAGCUCCUCCACAGGCGAGAUCCUGGUGGAGAGCCCCCUGGGGCUGGACUUCGAGGACAGCCCGCGCCUCCGUCUGGUGGUGAAGGCGGAGACCGUGACCUCCACCACCUUCAUGGCGGUCAACCUGAUCCUGCAGGACAUCAACGACAACCUGCCCCGCUUCCAGCUGCAGAACUACGUGGCCUACAUGAGGGAGGCCCAGGGAUACGAGACGCCCAUCAUUCAGGUUAUGGCGGAGGACAUGGACCAGGGUCAGAACGGUCAGGUGACCUACUCCAUCCAAUCGUCGACCAUGAGCGGCCUGUUCAAGAUCGACCCAGUGAGCGGGAGCAUCUCCACCGCGGCCAUCAUGGACCGUGAGAUCUGGACGCAGACCAAGCUGGUUAUCACGGCGACCGACAGAGGCAGUCCCCGGUUGGCGGGGUCGGCCACCCUGACCGUGAUCAUCGUGGAUCAGAACGAUAACAGUCCCACCAUUCCGCUGCCCUCGGAGAUCCGAAUUCCCGAGAACACCCUGAUCGGCACGGAGGUCACCCUGGUGACGGGGAACGACGUGGACUCCAGCCCCGAGUUGUCGUACUCCCUGAGCCUGGAGCCCUCCGCGGCGGGCCGCUUUAGCAUCCACCGCUACGGCGGCGGCGUCUCGCUGACCGGGCCCCUGGACUUCGAGGAGAAGACCUGGUACACGGUGACGGUGCGCGCCACCGACACCAAGCACCACACGGAGGCCAACGUCACCAUCCGGGUGGAGGACGUCAACGACAACGCCCCCGCCUUCACCCAGGACCUCUACCAGGUGACCCUUCCUGAACACACGCCACCAGGAAGUCCUGUUGUCACGGUGACGGCCACCGACCGGGACUCGGGGGAGAAUGGAAAGGUCACGUACCGCCUGAUGUCAUCGACCCAGGAGGGCUUCCUCAUCGACCCCAAUAACGGCACCCUGUCCAUCAGCCAGCGGGCGGAGUUCGACCCCGAGCGGCCCUCGGUGAACAUCGUGAUCGAGGCGCGCGACGGCGGGGAGCCCGCCCUCUCCUCCCUCACCACCGUCCAGGUCCAGAUCGCCGACGUCAACGACAACGCGCCCGUCUUCCACCAGUCCGACUACAGGGCCACGGUGGCAGAGGACACCAUCGCCGGGGCGACCAUCCUGACCCUGGAGGCGUUCGACAGCGACCUCGCCCGGGAGAACUGCGGAUUCGACUUCGCCAUCGCCAACGGCAACGAGGGGAUCGCCUUCCAGAUCGAGAGCAGCGUCCGCUUCCUGGAGGGGCGGGGCUUCCAGACGGUGGGCACGCUGCUGUUGGCCGAGGGCCUGGACUUUGAGACCACGCCCCUCUACAACCUCACCGUGGUGGUGUCGGACCGCGGCGUGCCCCAGAAGAGCUCCAGCGUCGCCGUGGUGAUCACCGUGGGCGACGUCAACGACAACCCGCCGGUGUUCAGCAGGGCGGAGUACGCGGUGUCGCUCAGCGAGGGCGCGGCCGCCGGCACGGAGAUCAUCAGGUUCACCGCCACAGAUCAAGACUCCGCCCCCAACGCCGAGGUCCAGUACACCAUCAGCUCGGGGGAUGACAUGGAGCUGUUCACCGUCGACCAGUGGACGGGCGCUCUGCGGCUGAAGCAGACGCUGGACCGCGAGCACAAGGCCACGCACAUCGUGGUCGUCCAGGCGUCCGACGGCCAGGGCCACUUCGCCCUCGCUCCCGUGACGGUCGAGGUGAAGGACGUCAACGACAACCGUCCUUUCUUCCCCGUGGAGAUCCUGACUGCCAGCAUCCGCGAGAACCAGCCCGCCAACUCGGCCGUGACCGUCCUGCACGCCAUCGACCACGACACCGGCGCCUUCGGGCUGCUGAAGUACCACAUCGUGCGCUCUGGCACGGGGAAGGAGAGCUUCGUGGUGGACCCCAACACGGGAGAGAUCCGCGCCAAAACGUCCUUUGACUUUGAGAAGACCAACUCCUUCAACUUCAUGGCGGUGGCCGUGGACGCGGGCAACCACUCGGCCACGGUGACGGUGCAGGUGUUCGUCACCGGGGAGGACGAAUACGACCCGCUGUUCGCGUCGUCCGACCUGGCCUUCGAGGUCCCGGAGAACGCCAAGAAGGGCCAGAGCAUCGGCCAGGUGCAGGCCCACGACGAGGACGGCGGGGUGGACGGCAUCGUGCUGUACUCCCUGUCCACCGACUCGCCCUACUUUGAGGUCAACAGAACCACCGGGGUCAUCUCCCUGAAGAUGGACGGCUCGGGCCGGAGCGGGGGGUCGGGCCGGGGGAAGCGCGAGGCCCGGAUCAUGUCCCUGGACGUGGCCGCCCACAGCCCCCUGGACGCGUCGCGCACCACCACCACGCAGGUGGCCGUCGACGUCAGCAGCACCAGCUUCGGCCUGGCGUCGGACGUCAACAUCCUGCUGAUCAGCAUCAUCGCCGUCUCGCUGGCCGUCAUCAUCCUGCUCGUCGUCAUGGCGGUGGUGGUGUUCCUGGUCAAGUCGCGCCGGAAGAAGACGGGCCAGAGCACGGAGAGCCAGACCGUCGCCACGGGAACGGCCCUCCAGAAGAUGGACGACUCCAAGUCGGGCGUCGGCGGGGAGAGGAUCUACCACCAGGCCCUGCCGGGAUACACCGGCGACCAGGGCGGCGCGGGCGGGGGGUCCUACACCCGGGGCGGCUCCCUGGACCCCUCGCACUCCAGCGGGCGGGGCUCGGCCGAGGCGGCGGAGGACGACGAGAUCCGGAUGAUCAACGAGUACCCCCGCGUGGCCUCCAUCACCUCCUCCAUGCAGGAGCACAUCUCGGCCCGGGGGCCCGACUCCGGCAUCCAGCAGGACGCCGACCAGCUCUCGGACAUCUCCUGCGAGCCGGCGGCCCUGGAGGGCAGCACCUGGUUCAAGGGCAAGAAGCUGGGGGGCAGCCUCAGCGGCACGCUGCUCUCCGGCCAGCUGCCCGUGUACCGGGACGACGGCGGCGGGUACCUGGGCACCGGCGGGCGCGGGGGCCUCAACAUCUCCCUGCCCAAGGACUACGGCUUCCCCGAGGACGGCAAGCCCUCGGUGGACGGCUCGCUGACGGCCAUCGUGGCCAGCGACGAGGAGCUGCGCGGGAGCUACAACUGGGACUACCUCCUCAACUGGUGCCCGCAGUUCCAGCCGCUGGCCAACGUCUUCACGGAGAUCGCCAGGCUGAAGGACGAGACGGCCCAUCAGAGCCAGAACCCGCGCCAGCCCUUCCAGCCCAAGCCCAAGAUAGACCCCAAGCCCCGGAUCGACCCACCGCCCCUCAUCACCUCGGUGGCCCACCCGGGGGCCAUGUCGGUGCCCCCCAAGGUGCCGGUGAUCGGAAGGACGUUCCCCCACCUGGCCUCCCUGCGCCGGUCCCCCAUCAGCCACGAGGGCUCCAUCUCCUCGGCCGCCAUGUCUCCCAGCUUCUCCCCCUCCCUCUCGCCGUUGGCCGCGCGGUCGCCAGCCGUCUCCCCCUUCGGGGUCAACCAGGGCCCCUCGGCGUCCAUGAUCAGCACCCGGGAGCCGUCGAUAGAACAAAGCCCAGACCGGGAGAUGAGGAUAUGAGAGAGUUCUGGGAAGAGGAAAAAACAAACGAUGGGACAAUAACGGUUGGACGGAAUCCACCCACGUAAAAAUGAGAUUUUGAAAGCACCCGCUAACCCUUAGCCCUUAAUCAGACGAGAUAACUUUUAAUAACACCGAGGGCAACGAGAGAUACCUCGGAAAGUGACUCACAUGAGGCGUUCUUCUUCUGGAAUGCUGGAGCACCUUUUUUUUUUUUUGCUUAUAAAAACAAGCUGAUUCCUUUUCAAAUAGUUGGUUUCCAUGGAAGAAUGGUUACAUCAUAAGAACUGGCCUCAAGUCCAUCAAAGAUGACCCCCCCCCCCCCCCCCCCUAGCGAUUUGGCCUCGUUGUCUCCAAGUGAUUUUUCCUGAAUGGAAAGGACAGACCUCAGAAGGUCUCCCAAGUGACGCAGGUCUCUAGAAACUGAAUCGGGUUUGAGUGCUGAACCGGCCCCCCCACCCCCACCCCCCCCAAGGUGGACCGGACCCACAGCAUGCCUGUAGUCAGAGAUGCCUCAGUAUGUAGAUACUUUUGUAAAAGCUCCACGUCUCCUCGCUGGCUGGCCAGAGAGCUAAGGACCUCUGCGUUUCUCCGUGGGUCUGAAGACGUUCUUUUCCAUUGCACGUCAGCUGCUUUUCAAAAUGGCUGCCGUACGCACCCGUAUUCCAGACGCCCCCUCCCCCCCGAAAAAGUGUUUUGAAAACACAUGACUUUGAUCCGAAAGACAAGAAUGUGUUAUGUUGAGCUGCCAAAACAUCACAGAAUCAUGAAGAACUUCUUCCGAAUGUUUUCGUUUCAGAUGACACUUUGUUACGUUUAUUUUAUUUUUUAUAUAUAUUUUUUUUAUUGCGUUACCAUUUCUUGUGUUAUCGUCGUGAAAGAACAGCGGCCCAAGGGGGAUAGUUCCAGUUUCAGUUGUAUUUUGCAUAUAUGUAUAUUUGUAAGUAUGCUAGUUACAUAACGUAGGUUUCUCCUGCCAUAGCUUUGGAGGAACGUCUGUGUAUAUGUGUGACAGUGGUGCAAGUGAAAGGAAGACAUUUGUUUGGUUAUUAUUUAUAUGAAAAGGGGAUCGGCUGUCACCAUUAGACAGUGUUAAAAAACACACGCACACACGUACACACACACACACACACGCACACACACACACACACACACACACACACACACACACACACACACUAUCAGCCCUCACCAUGCUGACUUGUAACCUUACCAAUUCUGAGGGGGUUUCGUCCCAUUCUAGAUCUUUCCGACACCCACAGCGGUGCUUCAUACCAUGUUGCUGUUCCGUCCGAACACAACGACGUUCCAUCCGUGAUUCAGGGAUUCAACAAUCACCUCUGUGUCUUCGUAUGAAGUGCUUCCUAAACCAACCGUCAUCGUCCACACACACACUCACACACACACACACACACACACAACAUACUCUCCACUGUGAAGACUGGGGGGUCGCCCCCACUUGAUUAACCCCGACAACAGGAACUAAUGAGUUGACCCCGUUAUCGAUAAGGUCGACUCAAAGCGAACAGCCGCACGGGGCAAGGCACCACAAACUCUCCGGUGAUCGGGCUCAUCGCAGAACAUGAGGAAGACAUUCAGAGGAACCGAAUGCAUGAACCUGGAAGAAUGUAUAGUGAUUUACAGUCCGAGAUCCCCGCACGGUAUCACUUUCAAUGCUGCCGCUGUGUUCAAUGUAUUUGACUUCUGCGAUUCACAUGCGUAGAUCUCUGGAGGGGAGCUCGGCCUCCAUGUGUUUGUCUCGUCAGGCGUGUUCUUCGUGUUCGUGUGUACGCUCCCGUUUGGGGUCUCCGACGGAACAUCUGCUCAUGCGGCAAGAGGCAGAUGUCUUCACCAGCGUCUUUUCCGAUACUUUCACAUACUACAUGGUUUGCCUUUUUCCUGUCCCCGGAAUCUGCAAGGCCAACUGCGAGGAUGUGAUGUCCUCUUCUUUUUCUGUUUCAAGUCAGAAAUAAGUUUGUUUUUUAGCUCUGUUUCACCGUCUGGUUCCGGUUCAGCCGUACAAGUCGCAAGACUGGAGUCCCGGCCACGCGCUCUUGCUUCGUCCCUAAAGAACACGCUGUUGUCGCCCUGAAACACAUUGUCCAAGGGACUCAAGGGGCUGUGUUUGUGUUCCAGAAGUCUGCCGAUGUGAGAGAGAAAGAGUGAGGACUGAGGCUGUGGCAGUAAAUGGGUUGUUGUACAUGUAAUUCAAACGCAGAUAAUAAAUUCCUACUGAUCUCUUUUUGUCAAAAAUUAAGUGUGAGCAUGUUCCUUUGUCCUUGUGGUUUCUGAC